AUGGCGGAUCUGAAAGACGAAAGAGGAAACCCAAUCUACCUCACGGACGAACAAGGGAAGCCAGCUCAGCUAGUGGACGAGUUUGGUAACGCGAUGCACCUGACAGGAGUUGCAACAACCGUCCCUCAGCUGAAGGAGAGCAGCUACACGGGUCCACACCCGAUCACAGCCCCAAACACGACCACGGAUACACCUCACCACGCACAACCUAUCUCCGUGUCUCACAACCCUCUAGAAGACCACGUCAUUUCGUCCUCCAACCCUAGGGAUGAGGAUGGUCAAGGAACAGGAGGGGAAGCUAAGAUAAGGGAUGAAAGUAAAUCAAGGGUAGGCGGGGAGGAGGCAUCAACUGUAACUGCAACUGCAACUGCGAAGGCAAGAGGAUCAGGAUCAGGAUCAGUAGCAGCUGAGGAGAAGAAGGGUUUGGUUAAGAAGAUUAAGGAGAAACUUAGCGGCCACCAUAACGAUCCGUAA